AUGGAUAAUAGUGUAGAAAGAAUAGAAGGGGAAGAUGGAGAAGAUUCAAAUGAUGUGUUUUUAUAUAGUAACGAAACAAAUCAAGAUUCUGAAUUUUGUAAUAUUUUAUGUAUGUUCAUAUUUUUUAUGGCAUUAUUUAUUAUUAUGAUAGCAGCUGUUGAUAAUAAGGCUCCAAAUAAUAAUAAUGAGAUAAAUUACAAUUCUGAAAAUGGAAAUGUUUCAAAUAAUUUAACAAAUGAUGAUGUAAUUAACAAUUUUUUAGAAAAUGCUGUAAUACAAAGUUUCGAUUUUAAAGGUAGUUAUAAAAUUAAAAAAAAAAAAAACUCAAUUCAAAAUGUUGAGGGUAAUAAUUUAAAUCCUCAGAAUAAACAAAAUGAUAAUAUUUUUGAAGGGAAAAUAGUUACUUUAAAAUUGGCCCUUCAAAAUAUUACAAAAUCUUUUUUAUUUCUUCACUUUUAUCCAACUAAUGUUAAUAUUAAAGAAAUGAAAAAUGAGGGAAAUGAGAAAAUAGGAUCAAACUAUUAUUUAACUUAUGAACGAAGAAAUAAAAAAGAUGAUAAAAAACUCGAAUAUAUUGGAAUGGUGGGUGUAAAUAUAAAUGGGAGCCAAAGUUAUAUAUUUAAUGGAAAUGGAUAUAAUAUAUCUACAUUUUGUAAAAACGAGUUAGAUGAUAAUUGUAUAUGUAAUUAUACUGCAAAUAUAAAACAAAACACAAAAAUAAAUCAAUUAGCAUAUGUCCGAGAAAUAGAAGAAUCAUAUUUUUAUUCUUUAAAGAAAUAUAUAAUAGAUGAGCAAGCUUAUUUUAAUAAUAAUAUUAAUGAAAAAUAUCGAAAGUAUUAUAAAAAGAAUAUGGAGGCGAUUUCGCCACGCUUAACAGAUGAUUAUAACGACAACAUCAACAAUAAUAAUAACAAUAAUAAUAACAAUAAUAAUAACAAUAAUAAUAACAAUAAUAAUAACAAUAAUAAUAACAAUAAUGAUAAUGACAAAUCUUAUUUAUCACAAUUCUCUAAUUUGGAAUAUAAUCAAAAUAAAGAAGCAAAUUAUCAUGGAUUACUAUUGUCAAACGAUUGCAAUAUUGAAAUGAUUUUAAAAGGAUAUGAUGAGGAUAAUGUAUAUUUUUCAAAAAAAGUUCGAAAUUUUAUUUUGAUGUUUAAUUUAAAAUCUUUAAUUGAACUUGGAUUAUUUUAUAAACAAAUAAAAAAUAGUGAAAAUAUGAGAAAUACAUCAAAAGUAUCAAUUAUAUCAAUUUGUUUAAACUCGUAUAUAGAAAUUUUUGAAGCAUUACUUCUUUUAUAUCAGGUUUUAUUUUCAAAAUUAUUAUUAACAUCUUAUAUGGCUAUGAUUAUAUUAAAAUUUUUAUUAUAUACACUUAUGGAAAUACGAUAUAUUUUAAUUAUUUGGAAAAUUAAUAAUAGCCAUAAUUCAGCAAAUAACAAUUGGGAAUAUAUGCAAAGACAAUUAAGUGUUUUAUAUAAAUACUAUUAUAGUUUUGUUUUAUUAUUAAUUGCAAUAUUUUAUUAUAUUUUUCCGUAUUUUCCUUAUUUAAUAUUAUUUAUAUAUUUCUGUUGGGUUCCACAAAUAUGUUUAGAUAUAUGGAAAGGUCAACACAAAUCAAUUAGUUUAAAUUUUGUUUUUUUAUUAUCAUUAUGUAGACUAUUUUUACCAAUAUAUAUUUUUAUAUAUCCAUAUAAUAUAUUUCAAUUAGACAUAUUUUCAAAAGUUGCUGGUUUAUCAAAUAAUACUUUUUGUUUUCUUCUUAUUUUUUUUAUAUUAUUACAGCUUAUAUUUAUGUAUAUUCAAAGAAUGUAUGGCCCUAGAUAUUUGUUUAAUAUAAGUUUACUUCCACAUGUUCAUAAUUAUUAUCAAAAUUUAGAUCCUAAUUUUGAAGCAGGAAUACAAGAAUGUGUUAUUUGUAUGUAUAAUAUUAUAUUAAAUAAUACAAAAUAUUGCAUUACUCCAUGUUAUCAUAUUUUUCACGAAAAAUGCUUACAACAAUGGAUGUGUAUUAAGAUGGAAUGCCCAACAUGUCGUGGUUCACUUCCUAACUUUCCUUAA